AUGUACAAUAGGGCUAUGUUAUUUUGUCAACACAUUUUAUUAUGCUUAUUAUCGAUUCAAUUUUUAUCUGUCAGAGCAUCUCUUACAUUGACUAGAAUCAGUAUAACUUUAAUUACACCGAAUAGUACAUCAUUAACUACUAAAAUACCUUAUAAAUCAGUACAUGUCAAACAUAUAUUACCGAACAAUCAAGAUCGAAGUGUUCUUGUUGCAAUCGAUCCAUUGAUUCAAAUACAUCGAAAAUCAAUUGAAAGAUUGACUGUUCAUCUUUGUAAUGGAUCUACUCAUCCUUUAAUUUCGUAUGAUAAUACUGAAGAGAUCAAUUGUGAUCAAUCAAUGCUAAUCUAUGAAUGGACUCCAUAUUCGUCACCGUAUUCUUUUCGCAUACCUGAUGGACUCGGCUUUAAUCUAAGUAAAUAUAGAUCAAUUAUGCUUUCAGUUGUUUAUACAAAACAGAGCGUAAUACGUAAAGAACAAUCCGGUGUUAUAUUGCAUACAGCAACCAAGUGGGCAAGCUUUCAAACGGGUACCAUAUUAGCGGGCAAUGAAAAAAGUGGAAAACAAUUUUCUUGUCGUUCGAAAGAUGAUCUGCGUUUAUUGUACGGAGUAAAACGAUUAAAUGAAAAUGAAAAUAAUUUUUGGUGGCGCAUAUAUGUAGUUCGUGUUCGUUGGCUUCGACCAAAGUUAAUACAAAUGGUUUCUGACUCACAAACACUAUCGAAUACGAACCAAAGUGGUAUUGGAAUGAUCUCGUCCGAAAUUUUUCUUAGGGAAGAUGAUUAUUUAUUAAUUGAAUGCGAAAAUGUUUCACAUGCUAGUUGCUAUUUUCUUAUUUAUUAUUCUUAUAAAUUUGAAAACAACAAAAAAGAUAAUAUUUGUCAAGAUAAUGGUUUUUCACAUUUGUUCAAAGUUCUACCACCAAGAGAUUUUUCUAAUAUGGAUCCAACAAUACUAAAUAAAUCGCGUAUCGAUGGAUCAAUGAUAUUCUUAAUAAUAGUGAUACUACUAUUAUCCAUUUGGAUAUCAAUUAUUAUUGGCUGUAUUAUACUUCGUCGUAUUCGUGGAUUAGUCAAUUUUCGUACGGAAGCAGCAUCACCAUUUUCAUCGCAAAAAAAUUUCAUGCAAACUACCGGACGUACGGGUAACGAUAAUUAUCAGCAACGAACAGGCGAAGCUGAUCAAAUGAUGCAAAUAGAUGUUGAAAAUGCUGGAAUUGUUAGUUAG